AUGGAGGAACCGGAAAUCAUCAAUGAUCUGCUCUAUUUGAAACGCGAGGAAAGGAAAGUUAAACUGUUAGAGAAGAUCAUGGAAAAGCGGUUGAAAGGAGCAAUUAAGGCAAAGCCGAGAGCUUAUGCAGUGAAGCUCUACAAAGACUGCAUCAAGCUGCAAGGACAUAAAAAGGUGAUAUUUCUAAACAAGGUGAAGGUAGUGAAGCAAUUUAAGGACCAUUUGGUGCUGGUUUUGAGUAGUGAAUCCAAAGCUAAGUGGAAGCACUCCCUGACCACAAUGAAGUUCAAGACUCCCGAUAGCUAUGCUAGUGUGCUGUGCAGUUUAACCGAAGCCAUGAAGGCUCAGGAGAGUCAAGUAAAGGAAAAUGGAUCCCAGCAAAGAAGCACGGAAUCAGAACAGGGUUUAUCAAAGGGGAAUCUUAGUGAAAAUGACCCGGUUCCACCAGAAAGCCUUUGUCUUCCAAGGGUAAAUGUGCCCGAAUCAAUAGAGUACCCUGGAUACGUAAAGAAUGCAAAGAAGUUUUAUUCGUUGGACAGCGGUACUGCAGAACAAGCAAAAAUGGAAGAGUUAAGGAGAGCUAAAGGGAGACGAAGGGUAUGCAGGACAGCAUCAAAGAGAUUUCUGAACACGGGAUACACGGCGAAGAGAAGCACCAGCUGGAAUGAGGAUUCGGACCAUUGUAGUAGUUUCACCUCGGACCCCGAUUUUUACUUUGAAUCGAGUGACAGUGAGUCGGAUAGCACUUCGAGAUACCACUACAAGAGAGAUCGUCAAAAUAAUAAGGAAUUCAGCCUGGUUGUUCCGAAAUCCAACGAUUCAAAAGAGUUUAUUCAAGACAGUCAGGGAAAUUUAGUCCACGUUAUCAGACCGCGGACGACCCAACCCAGGAGUAUGGUCCGCUAG